GAAAGCAAGUGAUUUGGUCCCCUCGCUUUGGUGGUGAUACAGGAUGGCGGGAAAAAUUAAGACGCAGCUCGACUAUCGAAAUAAGCUGAUCCUCGCACCCAUGGUGCGGGUUGGUACUUUGCCGAUGCGUCUGCUCGCCCUCGAGUACGGCGCCGACCUGGUAUACACGGAGGAAAUCAUCGACUGGAAGCUGCUGCGUGCCGAACGACGGGUCAACGACGUGCUAGGGACGAUCGACUACAUCGAUACUACCGAUGGUACGGUCGUAUUUCGGACAUGCCCGGCCGAACGGGGAAAGGUGGUGUUGCAGAUUGGAACGGCAGCUGCAGAGCGGGCUGCUGCCGUAGGACGAAUGCUACAAGAGGACGUGUCCGCCAUCGACGUGAACAUGGGCUGUCCGAAAGACUUCUCUAUCAAGGGUGGUAUGGGAGUGGCCCUACUGUACGAUUUACCACGCGCCAAGUCCAUACUCGAGGCACUGGUCCAGACGGUUUCCAUUCCGGUGACAUGCAAGAUACGGCUGAUGCCGGAUGUGGAUGAUACCAUCAAGUUGGCCCGCGAGCUACAGUCGACCGGUAUCAGCGCAAUCGGUGUGCACGGACGCACCAAAACGGAGCGACCACGCGAUCCAGUGAACGAAGCUGCAAUCGCGCGGGUUGCCAAAUCCCUGGACAUACCGGUCAUUGCGAAUGGUGGUUCCCAAUCGAUCACGCGACGCUGUGACAUACUCAAGUUCGCUCGGCAAUGCGGUACUGGCAGCGCGAUGGUCGCCCGGGCCGCCGAAUGGAACGUGUCCGUGUUCCGCCCCGAUGGUCCACUACCACUCGAUGAUGUGAUCCGGCGCUACCUAACGCUCUCCGUGCGCUACGACAAUUCCCCCGCCAACACCAAAUACUGUGUGCAGAUGAUGCUGCGCAGCCUUCAGGAGUCACCGAUCGGCCGCCGUUUGCUUGAUAGCCAGACAAUGCAGCAGAUAUGUGACAUUUGGGAGCUGGGGGACUAUUGCCGCGAGACGCAGCUCGUUUACCAUCAAGCUGGCAACCAGGGAAGACGGGCGUGCCGCCCGCGCACACUUUCACUAGACCAGUCCGUCGACGGUAGCCUUGGCGGGGGCAAAAGACAAUGUUUCGAAGGUCAAACCAGCAACCAGGAGCAGUCGGUUAUUGAGGAAAACAUAUGCUUCAUUCGCGCGAAUUUCCCACAAGAUAACGAACUGCCGAAGACGAAGCUGUUUCUAUACGCGCGCCGCAACAAUCUGGAACUGGCACAGUACGAGGUGCAGCAGAAGGACAAGCUGUUCAAAGGGAUCAUCGAGUUCGACGGCAAGCGAUACAGCAGCACGUUCUGGGAGAAGAGCAAACGGUUCGCUGAACAGGCCGCCGCCCUCGUCUGUCUCGUGCAGUUGGGCGUUGAGCAGCGGGACACACUGAUCGCCAACGGUGCAAUGAUGAAACCCGUUUCCGAAGUCGCCGCUCCGACGCAGAACAGCUUCGACGAACCCAGCUCCAAGGAAAUUUCGGCAAAGGAGACGCCCGAACAAAAGCCAAUCGAGAUUGCGGUGAAGGAUUACGUGGUGGUUUGAUCGACGAUAUCGGGGGGUCAAACCACAACCACAAAGCCAGUUGCCACCAGAUACCACGAAAUUGAGCAUCGCUCCGUCCGAAGCAUCGAAUCAAAUACUAUGUUACGUGCAUUAUAUGCUGCUUUGGAGUAAAAAAUCAUCCGUUGAACUGGACUCUACCGGGCGCUAAGUUAAGAUGUUUUGAAGAAUUAAAAGCUCUGUUCAUUAAAUUAGUUAUUGUUAAUUAUUAUAUUGCGUGAAAACGGGUUAUCAAGUCACUAGCAACGAUAACAAAAUACUGCAUAUGAACCAACGAUAAUUCAUAUAUUAGAUUAUACAUGCAGGCACAGAUUGACAUAGUCAAUGUUCAGAUCAAACAAAGUAAAUACCCACAAAAGUAGAAGAAUUCGCAUCGGAACACGUGAAUUGAUAGACAUGUCGCUUACAGCAACAGGGCCAUUAGCCAACUGAGCUCAGGGACAGAAAUGCUAAAGGUGCUAAAAGUCAUAUGAGUUUUCUGCAUUUAAUUCUAUGCGACUCUGUAUGACAAUAAUUGUUUUACAACCCUUUCGCCUAGGGAUCGAAGAAAACCAAUAGGAUUCGGAACAGUUUGGAAAACUUGUAUGUUGCUAAUGUUAAAAAUAGAAUGAUUAAAAAUAAAAUAAAAUAAGUUUAGCUCCCCUGA